GAAAAUAAGGAGGGAGGAGGAGAGAAGGAAAGACCGAAUAAUCAAAACCUCUUUGGAUUCAUCUGCUUCUGCCCUUUAAUGAACUUCCGUCGGAAGUCCUUCGCCAAUUCAAAGCGGCGUCUCCAUCACUCGCGCUACCCCGCUCCACCGCCCCUCUCCCUCCGUCUCUGGGUCUCUGCUUGAUUGCUUGCUAGGGUUAGGGUUAGCGUUUAAAUCAAUUUAGUAGUUAAACUGGAAAAGGAAGUCUAGAGGGUGGCGACAUGACAAUGGCUGAGCGGAAGACGAUUGACUUAGACCAAGGAUGGGAGUUUAUGCAGAAGGGGAUCACGAAGCUCAAAAACAUUCUAGAAGGGCUUCCUGAAACACAAUUUAGCUCGGAGGAUUAUAUGAUGCUCUACACAACCAUCUACAAUAUGUGCACUCAAAAACCGCCCCAUGACUAUUCUCAACAGCUAUAUGAUAAAUACAGAGAAUCCUUUGAGGAUUACAUCACUUCAAUGGUAUUGCCAUCUUUGAGAGAAAAGCAUGAUGAAUUUAUGUUGAGAGAGCUUGUGAAAAGGUGGAUGAAUCAUAAGGUCAUGGUCAGGUGGCUUUCCCGUUUCUUCCACUAUCUUGAUCGAUACUUCAUUGCGCGACGUUCACUUCCUCCACUCAAUGAAGUUGGGCUGACUUGCUUUCGUGAUCUGGUCUACCGAGAGAUAAAUGGUAAAGUCAGGGAUGCUGUAAUUUCUCUGAUUGAUCAAGAGCGUGAGGGAGAGCAAAUUGAUCGAGCUUUAUUGAAGAAUGUUCUAGACAUUUUUGUUGAAAUUGGAAUGGGUCAGAUGGAUUGUUAUGAAAAUGAUUUCGAGGCAGCAAUGCUUAAAGAUACUGCUGCCUACUAUUCUCGCAAGGCUUCAAAUUGGAUUCUGGAGGAUUCUUGUCCAGAUUACAUGUUAAAGGCUGAGGAAUGUUUGAAAAGAGAGAAGGAUCGUGUUUCUCAUUACCUACAUUCUAGCAGUGAGCAGAAGUUAUUAGAGAAAGUGCAACAUGAGUUGCUAUUUGUGUAUGCAAACCAAUUGCUUGAAAAGGAACACUCUGGAUGUCAUGCUUUGCUUAGGGAUGACAAGGUGGAGGAUUUGUCAAGGAUGUAUAGGCUCUUCUUCAGAAUUCCUCGUGGUUUAGAUCCUGUUUCUAAUAUAUUUAAACAGCAUGUGACUGCUGAAGGUACUGCCUUGGUCAAACAAGCAGAAGAUGCAGCUUGUAACAAGAAGGCAGAAAAAAAAGAUGUAGUUGGUUUGCAAGAACAGGUUUUUGUUAGAAAAGUAAUUGAGCUACAUGACAAAUACCUGGCAUACGUGAAUGAUUGCUUUAUGAAUCACUCUCUUUUCCAUAAGGCACUCAAAGAGGCCUUUGAGGUCUUCUGCAACAAGGGUGUUGCUGGGAGCUCUAGUGCAGAACUACUGGCUACUUUCUGUGACAAUAUCCUUAAAAAGGGAGGAAGUGAGAAAUUGAGUGAUGAAGCAAUUGAAGAAACUUUAGAGAAGGUUGUAAAGCUGCUUGCUUAUAUCAGUGACAAAGACCUUUUUGCCGAAUUUUAUAGGAAAAAGCUUGCACGUCGGCUUCUUUUUGACAAGAGCGCUAAUGAUGACCAUGAGAGGAGUAUCCUUACAAAGCUAAAACAGCAAUGUGGUGGACAGUUCACAUCAAAAAUGGAGGGAAUGGUCACAGAUUUGACAUUGGCAAGGGAAAAUCAGGCAAACUUUGAGGAGUAUCUUAGCACUAGCCCAAAUGCCAACCCUGGGAUCGACUUGACUGUCACUGUCCUCACUACUGGAUUCUGGCCAAGUUAUAAAUCAUUUGAUCUCAACCUUCCGGCAGAGAUGGUGAAGUGUGUUGAAGUUUUCAAGGAGUUCUACCAAACAAAAACCAAACAUAGAAAACUUACAUGGAUAUAUUCAUUGGGCACCUGUAACAUUAAUGGAAAGUUUGAACCCAAAACUAUGGAGCUUAUUGUGACAACAUACCAGGCCUCUGCCCUGCUGCUAUUCAAUGCUUCGGAUAGAUUGAGUUAUUCAGAAAUCAUGACACAGUUAAACUUGACUGAUGACGAUGUAGUGAGAUUACUCCAUUCCCUGUCAUGCGCAAAGUACAAGAUUCUUAACAAGGAGCCAAACACCAAAACUAUCUCUAACACUGAUUAUUUUGAAUUUAAUUCCAAGUUUACUGACAAGAUGAGGAGGAUAAAGAUUCCGCUCCCGCCUGUGGAUGAGAAGAAGAAAGUGAUUGAAGAUGUUGAUAAGGACAGGCGAUAUGCAAUUGAUGCCUCAAUAGUGCGUAUCAUGAAGAGUCGAAAAGUUUUGGGCCACCAGCAGUUGGUGAUGGAGUGUGUUGAGCAGCUAGGCCGCAUGUUCAAGCCCGACUUCAAGGCGAUCAAGAAGAGGAUUGAAGAUCUGAUCACCCGGGAUUAUCUGGAGAGAGACAAGGACAAUCCUAACAUGUUCAGGUACUUGGCCUGAUUGUUGAUAUUCAGUUGGAGUAAUACGUGAUUGGGCCAUCUGCAUCGAGUGGGUUCUGCCGGAACUAUGUUCAGAUGGAGUAGUGAAUGUCUGAGCAUUAUCCGAUAUGAGCAUUAUUAUCUAAAAGCUCAUAUUGCAUAGCCUCUAAGGUUGAAACUUUGGGGCCAGGAGUGAGGUUUCUUGUACAUUUUCCCAUAACAGCCGAUAUUGGAUAGCUACCCUCUUUUAGCUCAACACCUUUAAAUUGGAAAGAAAAAGGGGGGUUUGUUCUGUAAGGUGUUCAACCAUAUUUAUGGGGCACUGCUUGCAUUGGCCACCGUUUGUUUCUGAGGCAAAAUCUCUUUACGACUUUGAUGCUUGUCUAUUAUUUUUUUCCCCUCUGCCCCUUCAAUUGUAAAAUCUAUUUUGACAACUCAGAUUGCUUUCUCUGUUUGCCAUUUUAUAAACCGUCUUGAAAGAGGUUAUGUUCACGUUCACCCAAGAAUGCGAACUCAACUCUAUUGUCCUUGAACAAAA